AUGAGCUUCCUCUACCCCACUUCCCACUACCUCACGGCCAAGGUCGAAGUCAGCUUUGAAAAUGGCGGUCUGGUCGAGAUGGUCGGUGGACCCAAUACUGGAUCUUCAUACUCGCUAUCCGGCUUCGUCACGCUCCAGCUCCCUGCCUUACCUCGCGGGGUCCAGCAGACGCGCAAGCGAGAGGUCAAGGAUCUCACGCUUACCAUGGAGAGCAUGACCGAUUAUCACGACGAUCACGGCCGCUACACUCCCUUCCGCCUCCACACUUACGUCGCGUCACUCGCCACCGAGGCCCUCUCCAUCCCCUCACACGACCCUCUCCGUCCCAAUGACGCCAAGCUCCUCCUCUCCAUCCCCUUCGACCUUCGUCUACCCGGCUGGCUUCCACCAACCCACAUCUCUCGGAUGACCAAGAUCGAGCAUGGCGUGACGGCCAAGGCGACGCUGGUAUGGGCAUCAUCCCCCUCGCCCAGCCCAACGGCGCAGUACAGCUUCCUGGCGGAACAAGCGGCGGCGAAGGAGAGCUGGAGGGAAUGUCUGUCAGCAGAAGAGCCUAUGGAGCAAAAGACCUCGGUACGGCGAUCUCGAUUCGACCAGUAUUUUCUCCCCAAAUCCUCCACCUCCAACUCCCCCGUCACCUCCUCAUCCAAACACACCCUCUUCGAUAUCAUCCGCCACCGCCUCCCCGCUGCCAUCUCCCUCUCCGACCGCCCUGCCGAGCGCCAGUACACUCUCAAGCCCGAGGCGGACCCGGACAGCCCUGUCGAGUGCAUCGUCAUGUGCCCGGACUGGGUGGAUGUCAAUGGGCCAGAGAGGAGUUUAAAGAUUGCUCUGCGGCUGCGAGCGAAGCGGGCGCCAGACUGGACGGCGGGCGGGGAUGCGUGUCCGCUCAACAUCCGGGAGCCAGCUCAAAGUGCCGGGUCCUCGUCAUCGUCCUCCUCGGUGGCGGCGGCGGGACCUUCUUCUCAGUCUGGUUCGGCUAGCAAGGUGGACAAGGCGGAGGAUAUCUACACGCACGUUCUGGAGCUGGGUAUGGAAGUGGAAGAGGUCGAGCGGUUCUCCUCCACACCCAUCACGUCCUGGGGCCAGUCCUUCCCCGUCCCCGCCAACCAGCCCAACCGCGCCGGCACCGUCCACCCUCUCAUCUCUGGCCGGAGCCCAUUCGCCGACAUGGGCGUCAUACUCCAAAACGACGCCCGUCCGCACCGAGCCACCACCUCCCGCCCGUGUCUGCUCGCGGACGACGGUAGCCAGCGCAACUUCUUUUUCGCGGGAGAUGGGCUCUCGCUCGCUGAUCGAUGGAGAAAGGUCAAUGUCGUCUUGCCCAUGCCGGCGGUGGACUCCAAGCAGAAAGGGAACCGACCGCAGAGCGAGCUGGAUAGCCCGUUCCUCCGUGUUCGCCACAACCUCAAGAUCAAGAUGGUCUGCCGGAACGCUGGGUCGGAUGAGACUAAAAUCAUCCUUCUCACUACGCCAAUCCGGUUCGGGACCCUGCCAGCCACCUCGCCCGACUCCAAGCUAAAAGACGAGUCCCACCUCCCCGCCUACAUUCAGCUCUUCCACGAGAAUGGCGAUCUCAGGGAAUGCGACCCCCUCCCCCUCUACUCGCGCGACGAACCCGGAGAGGACAUUAUCAUGGCUGAACCUACUCCCGACACUGCAUCCUCUUCCUCUUCCUCCCUCCCCGCCGCCAAGCCCGUCUCGCCCGGCGUUCCUCCGCUUCCUCCGCUCGCUGUACGCCGCGCGGUCUCCCCUCCUAUCCCCAUCGAUAUCCCAUCGCAGGAUGACGACUACAUCAUGGAGUCGGACUCGUCGUCGGGGUCGGAGGAGGAUGAUGGGGAGUCGGACUCGGCGAGUGAUGGGUCUGGGGAAGUGGGCGGGUCGUCAUCAGGAUCAAGCUUGUCCAGUGCUAGCACUAGCGGGAGUGCUAGGGCCGGCGCUAGCGCCAGCGGCAGCUCGAGUCGGAUGACCUCGGCGUCGAGGGAGAGCAUCCUGGAGGGUCUACGAGCGAGAGCGGCGGCGGCUAGGGCGGAAGAAACACGGGCUGAGCGGGAGAGGGAGCGGGAAAGGGAUAGGCAGAGACGGAUGGAGAUUCAGCGGGCGAGGGAGAGGGAGACGAGGAGUCAGGCGCCGCCGCCUACGCCUAGGACGCCGGGAGGGCGGAAGCCUGUGACGAGGGGUUCGAGGGCGGUCAGGUCGGCUGUGUGA